AUGGAGGUUUGCGAUGUAGUGUGCAAACUGCUUGCAGAUGGAGUUGUCUAUGGGAUACAUGGAUGCAUUGUAGAAGCUGCCAAUGAGUUGUUGCGGCCUAUGGAGUAUGAAGUGAUUGAGUGGCCAGACCGAUCAUGUUUGCUGCUGAAAGAUCAUCGCACAAGUUGCAGGCAUGAUGGACGUCUUGAAGAAAUCAAGGAAGUACUCCGGAAAGUUGUGUACAAAGAGCCAGCAAACGGGGAGGUCCUGGAUAUGCUCAUACUGAAUGGAUGGGUUUGCGAAGCUGAAGAAGGACUUGAAGUCACUAAAAGAACACUUGUCCAGCACUCUGAGUUUAUAUUGAGUCUUGAUGAAGUAUAUAAGCAAUGCGAGAUAUGUGGAUUCCUUAGCAAAAGUGAGAUGCAUGAAGUCUGUAGAGAUAUGGUUUGGAAUCAAGGCUAUUGCAAUAAUGAGGUGUAA